UUUUUUACGCUCAGUCGUCACGUUUUAUCAUAUUAGUACCAGGCAAGGAUGGUAUUUUUUUUUAUUAUAAAAUAAUAACAGUCGGUUUAAUUUAUUAUGCAUUAUUAACAUAUGAAUUUGGCAGUCUAUUUCUUGGCAGAACCCACUCCGCACACCGAAGUUUAAUAUGGACUCCUCGAAUUUAGUGACCCUAAUAUUUUGCCUAUUGGUUUCUGAUGGUCUAUGCGACGAUAGCGAUUAUGGGUUCAAAUAUCCAAAGAACUAUGUCGUUCAGCAUACUGAUUCGAAGUUAUAUCUAAGCAAAAGGGCAAGAUUGAUACAACCAGAAGACAAAGCGGUACGGGUUGAAUUUUACCGCAACCAUAGAGAUAAAGUGAUUCAAAUCGUAGCAGAGGAUUCUCGCGAAGCACUGGAAAUCGAAAAUGAUUGUUCUGGCACCGACGUCGUCUUUAAAAAAUUGAAUCCCGAAGCCAAAAAUCAGAAAUUUAUUAUUAACGAAGACGGCACCAUUGGUACCCAAUGUGAUUCGAAAAAAGUGCUGUCUCGGGACCAAAACAGCAGGAAAGUCAUUGUGGUAGAAAAAGACUCAACAGACACGAAGCAAACUAAAUUUUCUCUAAUUGAACAAGACUAUGGGGAAUUAUACAUGGAUAAGGUAAAUACGUAUAUACUACAGCAUGAUCAGUCUGGAUUAUUCGUCGACGAAAAUGCGAAACUUGUUUACAGCGACGAUGAUGGAGCUAAGUUAAUUAGUUUAAAGACGGGGUGA